UUGUGAAUGGGUGGGUUCACUGGUGUGUGCUCAGUGCCAGUAUUUAUACAGCAAGGACAGAUUUUUUAUCCCCUCAUUUGCUCUGCCAUCAUGGAUCUGAAAGUUGCAUCUGUGAUUGUCUGUCUGUGUGCUUUGUGCAUCACCUCUACUGAAGCUGGCAUCCCAAAAUGCUGCGUGACAACAAACCGGGAUAUCUCUACAAAUAUGCUGAUGAAGGUUUAUAAAUGGAAAGUGCAGAACGGCACUGGUGCCUGUGACAUCGACGCACUGGUGCUGUAUAUGAAGAAGAUGCUAAAACCCGUAUGUGCUGAUCCCAAGCUGAAGGACAAGCUGAUUAAAAUUAGGAGUCAGAUGAUGUGCCACAGAAAGCACAGAAUAUCUUACUGAGCUGUGGAAUGAAACGUUACAUGAAACGUGUCUGCAUCGAGUUUUCUCCAGUUGGUGUUUCAAGAGCUAGUGUCAUACAUAAGCCCUCAUGGUUGUUUCUUUUUUUAUUGAUUAUGCAAAAUAUCCAGAUUAACUUGUGAAAAGCAGUUACUCGCUACUACACUUAUACACAGGUGGAAAGCAACUAAGCAUAUUGACUCAGUUGCUGUACUAUAUAAUUUGGAAGUGCAGAGUAUUUUCAUUUUAUACGACUAAACCCCACCCCCCUCAACAUUGUGCUUUUUACUCCACCACAUUUAUGUAACAGCUACCUUUCAGAUUGAGAUUGUACAUACAAAACAUAUCAAUUAUAAAAGCUGAUGCAUUGUUAUGGAUGAAGCUCCCAACAGCACAUGAAGCAGUUAAAAUUAGCUCCACCUUGACUGUCUCCAACAUUAAAGUACGGCUUACAUGUUAAUGCAUCGAUAAUAAUGAUCCAAUAAUAAGAUAAGAUAGUACUCACAGGGGCAAUUCUGCACCAAGAGUAUUUUUACUUUUAAUACAAGUAUAUUUUGUUGCUAAUACUUAUAUUUUGACAUUGUGUUAUAGCUACUUUUACUUAAGUAAAUUGUAUGAAUACUUCUUCUUCCAAUGCUUUACAUAAUCAUUGUAAAAAUAAACCUCUGUGAAAUGUGA